GGUUGAGAACCACUGGUCUAGGCUGAUGAAAAUGGUAUGCCUACUCAUUGUUUGAUAUAUAGAUAUUAAAUAUUUUACCAUGUCAGGACUGCUGUUGCACAGAAAAUCACCUUUGCACGUCUUACUGUCCUGACUGAGUUGUUGUGACAUCCUGAUCUCAUCUGAUCUCCACAUAAUCUACCACCUAUUUAGAGCACCUCUUCCUGACAACUGUUAACAAAUAUGCUUGUAAGUAACUUAAAAGGCUGCUUAUUAACACUUACAAGCUGCAUGUUAACAGUUAGUUAAUGUCAUUAAAGGAUAACAACAGUUAUUCUAAAGCAUUACCAAUGUAUUGAACUCUUUGCCUGAAAAGCUAAAUCAACCCCAAAACUUUUUUUUUUAAAUUGGGAAACAAGCAUACCUGCAAUGAAAAGAGAGGUGAUAUAUCAGAUGAGUCCAAAAUGGAGUUAUUCCCUGUGGCAGCAUCAAAGACAGAUUUCUUAAUGGUGGAUUUAGGAUCAGGUGGACUGGUGCCCUUUCCUCUGUUUAUUUCCUCAUCCUGAGACGAUGGGCUGUGGGGUUCCCUCCAUCAAGCCCCAGGUGAGCGGCUACAACAAGAUCGUCAAUGGAGAGAACGCCGUGUCUGGCUCCUGGCCCUGGCAGGUGUCUCGUCAGCAAUCUAAUGGAUUCCACUUCUGUGGAGGUUCUCUGAUCAACCAGUACAGGGUCCUUACUGCUGCCCAUUGCCGUCUAUUUCUGUCUCUCUCUCUGUGUCUCUCUCUCUGUUGCCAGGUCUCACCGCGUGCGAGCCCCCGUAUCCUGCAGCAGACCGCCCUGCCUCUGCUCAGCCCUGCUCAGUGCAGACAGCACUGGGGCAGCAACAGGAUCACAGACGCCAUGAUCUGCGCCGGAGCCUCUGGAGUCUCCUCCUGCCAGGGUGACUCUGGCGGACCUCUGGUGUGUGAGAGCGGAGGCGUGUGGUCCCACGUUGGCAUCGUGUCCUGGGGCACCAGCAACUGCAAUGUGCGCUCCCCUGCCAUCUAUGCCCGCGUGUCUUACCUGCACAGCUGGAUCGUCCAGACCGUCGCCCGCAACUAGAUAUCCCACAGACAGCACGCAUAGCCAUCACUCACCCAGGCCUCUGGAGUUGAGAGGAGAUAUGUAAAUUGUAAUAAAAGCCAUUAAAACA